AUGCGGGGAGGGCCGGUGCCCGGCCGGGCCGUGCGGGCGCCUCCCCUUCAGCGCCCGGCCUCCGGGCUGCCCGGCCAGCUGCCGGCCGAGAUCGAGGGCAAGCUCCUUUGCGAGAUCCCCGAGCUGAGUGACAUCACCCCGCUGCCCCAGCUGGAGACCGAGACCCCGGUGGUGAAGAUCCUCCACAGUGACUCGUUCGACGAUGCGCUGAGCUACUUCCGCGCCAUCGUCCAAUCCGGCGAGGUGUCCAUGCGGGCGCUGCUCAUCACCUCCUACGCGGCCAUCGUCUGCCCAUCGCACUACAGUGUCUGGCAAUACCGCCGCAAGCUGCUGGCCCAGCUGAAGGUGGACCCCCACCGGGAGAUCGAGUUCGUCCAGGCCAUCCUCCUGGACAACUGGAAGAACUACCAGCUCUGGUACCACCGGCAGCAGCUGGUCGCCUCGAUCGGCGGCCGGUCGGAUGAGCGCGACAUCACGGACUCCUGCUUCGAGCAUGAUGCCAAGAACUACCACGCCUGGUCGCACCGGCAGUGGUUCCUCCGGACCUACCCGCCCCCCUCGUGGCUGGUGGAGGAGCGUGCCUACUGCGACCGGCUCCUGUCCGAGGACGUGCGCAACAAUUCCGCCUGGAACCAGCGCAUGUUUGUCCUGCUGCACACGCCGCGCGAUCAUCCGGAGGAGUUCGGCCAAAUCCUGACUGCCGAGCUGAACUACACCCUGGAGAAGCUCAACGCCGCCCCGAGCAAUGAGAGCGGCUGGAACUACCUGCGCGGGCUGUACACCAAGUUCCCCGGGCCCUGGGACGCGGGCUUCUUCGCCACGAUCUCCGCCAGCUGCGACGCGCUGCUGCUGCGGGAAUCCCAAAGCCCCCACCUGAAUGCCUUCAUGUUCCACUUCUACCGCGAUUGGGCCGCCCGCCAGGGGGACGUCAGCAUCAUGGCCCCGUCGGUCACGAUCGCCAAGCUCCUUCGCGAUGAAAUCGACACCAUCCGCGCCAAGUACUGGGAUAUGAUGCACGAGCGCGUGGUCGCUGCCUUGGCCGCCGCCGCCACCACCGCCUAA